GCUCCUUACUAUACAACCACCACGCUCCUUGAGAUAAAACACACUCCUUUCACCACAUAUUCACAAUGAAGUCUGUUCUUGCACUUGCUACGCUCCUUUUCUCUGCUUCGGCGGUUAUGGGAGCAGAGCUCUCCAAGGUGUCGAUUUACACGAAUCAAGGCACGCACACAACUACGUCUAAUAUUGGGGAGUGUGUCAAGCAUUCGGCUCCUGGUAACCCGGCUCUUAUCAUUGAGGUCGAAACGAAGGGACGGUGUAGCUUUUACAGGCAAGAUCACUGUCUUGGGGAUCCGGAGUUGACCAUGGGCGAGGGAGCCCGGACUCUUACUCGGGAAAUCAAGGUCAUCACGUACAAGUGUGCAUAGAGUCGAUAGACAGUGUUUCGGCAGUUGCCGUGCUAAAAUGAAGUGCUAAAAUGAAGAGGUAUACCAGCCUGGCUAACA